AUGCCCACCACAAUCCUCGACCUUCCAGCCGAUUUGCGCGCCCGAAUCUGGAACCUCUGCAUCGGCGCCCGCUCCUCCAAACCCGUCUACCCUCUCAGCGCGUUCUCCACCACACCGGCACUCUGUCACGUCAACAAGCAGAUCCUCUCCGAGUCGUUACCAAUUUAUUACGCUUCGACAGACUUCAUCAUCACCAUCUCGCCCCUAUUCGCCAUCCACAAAGACCUAGGCGCCGUGAAUUGGCUUCAGCGGAUGGGCAGCGCACACGCGAAGCUGAUCCGAAGUCUCUAUUUCGACUUCGACAAUGGUCACCUCAGCUUCAUGCGAGAUUCAGAUAGCGGGUACAUGAAAGUCGCCAGCUUCACCGUUUCGUUUUGCGAUAAAUACGGAAACCCGCUCGUGCACGUCCAGCCGCGAGUUCGUGCCUCCAUCUCCGCUCUUCUCGCGAAAGCGUUCAUGAGCCCGAAGCUUUUGCAAGGCAUUCAACAAUUCAUCGCCUACGCUUUGGCCAGAUGCCGCACUUUGGGACGUUGCAAUAUUGGCGGCACAGCUACGGCAGAGGGAUUCUAUUGUGGGACGGCUAGAUUGAUGGGCGAGGACAAGAACUCUCUGGGUCAAGCACUGCAGUUGUGGAGACAGCAGGGAGUGACCUGGGAGAUGCGGCAGAAGGGGAGAGAGCAGGUGUUGGAGAUGGCGAAGACGCAGUAG